AUGACGACGUACCUGCACAAGCCCACCGGAACUGGGUUUGCCAUCUUCUCGUCCCAUGAAGAGGCAGUCGCUCUCCAAGUUUUCUACGAAGAGAACUACUUCGACUUCACCUCCAAGACAUCAUGUCGGGCGCCGCUCAAGCUCAAGGAGAAGCAUGCCCGCAUCGUGGACCUCAGCAAGAACGGUGAACGUCUUCGGGGUGCGGUGCAUGUGGUCCCGCGCCUGAGCAAGAACGAAGGGCACCCGCAGCCUACCUUCAAGAUAUCAUGGCUAACAUGCAUGGCCCGAAUCUCUCAACCUCCAGGGCGUGAGCGACUUCGACCCCAACGAUCCCCUCUACUGGGCCAUGGAGCACUGCCAGUCAGAACGACCCAAACCAGCAACUACAUGGAAAACGGCCGCUGGUAUCAUGGCUUCCGGAGAGGCCUCUACAUGUACCCGUGCGACGAGCACGAGAACGACCGCAUGGACAUCUACCACCAAUUCUUUGCCGUCGCACGGAGAGGGCAGCUGCACCAGGCGCCGCACGCAAAUGUCAAGCUCCCUGAGGCCGUUCGAAAGUGUUGA